AUGGGCGGUGGUCCCCCAGGUCAAGGAGGGAAGGACGAAAAAGACAAGAAGAAAGACAAGCCAAAGUACGAGCCGCCUCCACAGCCUACAACUAGGAUCGGCCGAAGAAAGCGCAAGCAGGCUGGUCCCAACGCCGCCGCAAAACUUCCUACAAUCUAUCCCACCGCAAGAUGCAAACUCCGGUACUUGAGAAUGCAAAGAGUACACGAUCACCUCCUGUUGGAGGAAGAGUAUGUUGAAAACCAGGAGCGACUGAGGAAAGCAAAGGCUGCUCAGACCCAAACUCCGGCUGUUGCCGCUGAAGGCGAAGCCCUCGAUCGAAACGCGGAUGAGAGAAGUAGAGUUGAUGACAUGCGAGGAAGUCCCAUGGGUGUGGGCAAUCUUGAAGAGCUUAUCGACGAUGACCAUGCUAUCGUCUCCAGCGCCACAGGUCCCGAAUACUAUGUGUCCAUCAUGUCUUUCGUCGACAAGGAUCUCCUUGAACCUGGCGCCUCCAUUCUUCUACAUCACAAGUCUGUUUCUGUUGUUGGUGUCCUCACAGAUGAUGCCGAUCCGUUGGUAUCGGUCAUGAAACUCGACAAAGCUCCAACCGAAUCUUACGCCGAUAUUGGUGGGCUAGAACAACAAAUACAGGAAGUCCGCGAAGCUGUUGAAUUGCCCUUACUACAUCCUGAGUUGUACGAAGAAAUGGGUAUCAAACCGCCAAAAGGUGUUAUCUUGUAUGGUGCUCCAGGCACAGGGAAGACUUUGCUAGCCAAAGCUGUCGCAAACCAGACAUCUGCCACCUUCCUGCGAAUUGUGGGCUCGGAACUUAUUCAGAAGUACCUUGGAGAUGGCCCGCGAUUAGUGAGACAACUUUUCCAGGUUGCCGCUGAAAAUUCUCCAAGCAUCGUCUUCAUCGAUGAGAUCGACGCUAUUGGAACAAAACGAUAUGAAUCAACAUCUGGUGGUGAGCGAGAAAUCCAACGAACCAUGCUUGAACUUCUGAACCAGUUGGAUGGGUUCGAUGACCGGGGUGAUGUCAAGGUCAUCAUGGCAACCAACAAGAUCGAAACCCUCGACCCUGCGUUGAUUCGACCUGGUCGUAUCGAUCGAAAGAUUCUGUUUGAGAACCCCGAUACCAACACCAAAAAGAAGAUCUUUACUUUGCACACGAGCAAAAUGAGCUUGGCUGAGGAUGUUGAUCUUGAUGAAUUCAUCGCCCAGAAGGACGAUCUCUCCGGUGCCGACAUCAAAGCCAUCUGCUCCGAGGCUGGGUUGCGUGCCCUGAGAGAACGGAGAAUGCGAGUCAACAUGGCGGAUUUCCGGAGUGCCAAGGAGAACGUGAUGAAGACGAAGAACGAGGGUGAGCCGGAGGGCUUGUACUUGUAA